UUUACUAUCAAGAUCAAGAUCAAGAUCUUCGGAGGAAUCCUGAGCCUCUUGUCAGAUCAAGACAACAACAGUGAUGGAGGUGAAGAGACGUUCCUGUCCAGCUCCUGCACAGUUUUAAGGGCCAGGUGCCCUGCUGGGUUCUCAUGUGGCUGGGAGCAGUGCUGCAGUGAGGGGGUGAGGCCAGGCAGCAGCAUGACUGAGCAGCAGCAGCAGCAGCAGCAGCAGCAGCAGGCUGCCUCAUGUGUGGGGAGGUGCAGGCGUGGUGGCAGGAAUCACCUGGAAGCAGGCAGCUCUGUCCACAGAGGAGAAAGCAAAUUAGUGUGUCAGCAGUGUGAUAAAACCUUUAAAUCCAAAGAAGGGCUUAAGUUACACACCCUGGCACACAGUGGUGUUAGAAAUUAUGAGUGUGAAGAGUGUGGAAAGAAAUUUACCACAAAGGGUACCCUCACAACACACACCCUGACUCACAGUGAUGUUAAAAAUUAUGAGUGUGAAGAGUGUGGCAACAAAUUUACCACAAAGGGUGCCCUCACCACACACACCCUGACACACAGUGGUGUUAAAAAUUAUGAGUGUGAAGAGUGUGGCAAGAAAUUUACCACAAAGGGUGGCCUCACCACACACACCCUGACACACAGUGGUAUCAGAAAAUAUAAGUGUCUGCAUUGUGGCAAGAAAUUUACCACAAAGGGUUACCUCACCAGACAUACCCUGAGACACAAUGGUGUUAGAAAUUAUAAGUGUCAGGAAUGUGGAAAGAAAUUUGUCACAAAGGGUGACCUCACCACACACACCCUGACGCACAGUGGUGUUAGAAAUUAUGAGUGUCUGGAAUGUGGAAAGAAAUUUGCCAGGAAGUCUUACCUCACCAUACACACCCUGACACACAGUGAUGCUAAAAAUUAUGAGUGCCUGCAUUGUGGAAAGAAAUUUGUCAGAAAGUCUGACCUCACCACACACACCCUGACACACAGUGGUGUUACAAAUUAUGAGUGUGAAGAGUGUGGUAAAAGAUUUGUUACCAGUUCUGGGCUCAGUGCACAUGCCUUCAGACACACUGGCUUAGGGGAGUUCAAGUGUGACAUUUGUGGGAAGAAAUUUACCCAACAGUCUCGCCUCACCACACACUCCCUGACACACAGUGGUGUCAGAAAUUAUGAAUGUCUGGAAUGCGGAAAGAAAUUUACCCAACGGUCUCACCUCACCACGCACAGUCUGACACACAGUGGUGUUAGAAAUUAUGAGUGUCUGGAAUGUGGAAAGAAAUUUAACACAAAUGGUGCUCUCACCAAACACACUGUGAGACACAGUGGUGUUAGAAAUUAUGAAUGUCUGGAAUGUGGAAAGAAAUUUAUCCAACAGUCUCACCUCACCAGACACAGCCUGACACACAGUGGUGUUAGAAAUUAUGAGUGUGAAGAGUGUGGUAAAAGAUUUGCUUGCAUUUCUGAACUCAAUAAACACGCCUUCAGACACACUGGCUUGAGGGAGUUCAAGUGUGAUGUUUGUGAGAAGUGUUUCAAGACAAAGCCUGAAAUUGCCAGGCACAUGAGGCUCCACUUUACCACAAAGGGUGACCUCAUCACUCACUCCCUGACACACAGUGGUGUUAGAAAUUAUGAGUGUCUGCAAUGUGGAAAUAAAUUCAUCACAAGGUCUCACCUCACCACACACACCCUGAGACACAGUGGUGUUAGAAAUUAUGAGUGUGAAGAGUGUGGUAAAAAAUUUACUACAAGUUAUGAGCUCAAUGCACACGCCUUCAGACACACUGGCUUGAGGGAGUUCAAGUGUGAUGUUUGUGGCAAGUGUUUCAAGACAAAGCCUGACAUUGCCAGGCACAUGAGGCUACACUUUUGAGGUGGUGUGUUGUGUGGACCAGUGGAGUCACACCUGUGCCUGUGGGAGUGUGUGGCGGUGGUGGGCGGUGUGUUGUCUGUGGCGGCAGCUGUGCCCUUGUGUGCUGUGAGGGAGUAAUCAUGUGUCAGUGACUAGUUUUUGUGGGUUGUUCCUUUUCAACUUUGUAUUUAAGGUAAAGACUAACUUAAAAGUUUUGUUAAUGAUGUGUGGUGUUGUGUAGACUGUAAGUGAAGAAAUUAAUAUAUUGUAACCACUCUC